CGCUCUGCGCGCAACAGGACGCACUGAAUUAUCCUGAAGAGGAAUACACACACGCUCUUCCGCUGCUAGCUCCGAUUCACUUGAUUUAAUCACUGAAGACAUUUAUUUUUUCAUUUUGAAAGGACACAUUUGUAAAAGAGAUGAAAGCGUGGAGAGUCCGGUUUCUGUACUUUCUGGUGUUGAAUGCAGCUGUGCAGAGUGUGACGUCUGUGGAAGAAGAGCUCGCCGAUUCUAUUUUUGGUAACUUCCUCGACCCUCUGAAAGAUCUGUUCGACCACAAGGAUGACAGCAAUCAAACUGUUGCGAAAUUCUCCCUCCGCAAACCAUCCCAUCCUGAUGACGACCUGUGCUACAUCGUUCCUGGCAACCAGGACUCCCUGGCAGCUUGCACCUUCAACAGCACCUCCAAAACCUUCCUAGUAAUCCACGGGUGGACGCUGAGCGGGCUGUUUGAAAGCUGGGUGGCGAAGCUGGUCUCAGCACUGUACGACAGAGAGCAGACGGCCAAUGUCAUCGUGGUGGACUGGCUCACCUCGGCACAGAACCACUACAUCAUCGCAGCUCAGAACACCAAAGCAGUGGGGCAUGAGAUCGCUCGCUUCAUCGACUGGAUUGAGGAAACCACAAACAUGCCUCUGGAGAACAUCCACCUGAUUGGCUACAGCCUCGGAGCUCAUGUGGCAGGAUUUGCUGGAAGCCAUGCAACCAAUAAAGUCGGAAGAAUAACCGGUCUGGACCCAGCUGGUCCCGACUUUGAGGGCGAGCACGCCCACAGGCGUCUGUCCCCUGAUGACGCUCACUUUGUGGACGUCCUACAUACCUUCACGCGGGGCUCCCUGGGGCUCAGCAUCGGCAUCCAGCAGCCUGUUGGCCAUGUGGACAUUUACCCCAAUGGAGGCAGCUUCCAGCCGGGCUGCAACCUCAGAGGGGCGCUGGAGAAGAUCGCUAACUUAGGGUUGUUUGCCAUCACCGAUGCAGUGAAGUGUGAACACGAGCGCUCGAUCCACCUGUUCAUCGACUCCCUGCUGAACGAGCAGGAAGCGGCCAAGGCCUACAGGUGUGGCAGCAACGACAUGUUCGACCGCGGCAUGUGUCUCAGUUGCCGCAAAAGCCGCUGCAAUGCGGUGGGCUACGACAUCAGCAAGGUCCGCAAGGCGCGCAACGUUCAGAUGUACACCAAGACGCGGGCCUCCAUGCCUUUCAGAGUUUACCACUACCAGCUGAAGAUCCACUUCUCCAGUAAGGUGAAUCGCUCAGAGAUGGAGCCGUCACUCACUGUCUCGCUGUACGGAACAAAAGGAGAGAGUGAAAACCUGGAGCUCAAACUGAAGGAGAAAAUAGCAACAAAUAAGACACAUUCAUUUCUGCUGGUGACAGAGAAAGAUAUCGGAGAUCUGCUGAUGGUGAAGUUUAAAUGGGAGGAGACAAACGGGUGGUCAGCUUCCAACAUGUUGAAGAUGGUUUCUUCAUGGUGGUCUGGUGACUCGGACAGUGCAGAUGUGGAGGUUCAUAAAAUCCGCAUCAGAGCUGGAGAGACCCAACAAAAGAUGGUGUUCUGCGUAAAAGACCCAGGAGCUCUGAAAUUAACACAAGAGGUCACAUUUGUUAGAUGUAAGGAUGCAUGGAGGGCAAAAUCGAAACGAACUCCCAGGAGAGUAACUCUGGAGAACCACUGACCUCGAAGAAAGGACGCCGCUGUUGAACGCCCUUCAGUCCAUUUCAGCACUUAAAAGUAAAUAAUUUAUACACCCAACUGUAACUUAUUUCUCAAACGAUACAAAAGUCUCACCGCCUUGUAUAUACAUCCACAAAACUGUUAUUUAAAACAAUAUGUGUAUGAAUACUGUAAGAUAUUUUGUAAAGAGCUCUUUGUAUGUAUGACACUUAAAUGUAACUUCACUUUUGGUGCAUGUUUUGUAUCCAAAGAGAUGGGUACUCGUCACAUCAGAGCCUCGCAUACUGAGACUGGAUUUACCUUAACAGUUCAGGAGGUACUGAUGUCCUAUUGGGUAAAACACCUCAAGUUAAAUUUCAUGAUUAUAAUGACCACUGUGAAGAAUAAGGUCCUCUUGGUGUCCAUGGAGGUCUGCAGACAGUUCUCAAACAGCAACCCAGUCUAGAGAUGCACUGAUCCACCUUUCUGCAAACCACAGAUUUGUUACAUCUGCAAUUAUUUUAUUUCCAAUUGCAAAACUCAUUUCAACAACGUGUUUCUGGAACAAAAACCACAAAGAUCAUGUUUGGGCUUAAAAUACGCUUUUUUGGGGACACAAUUUCCACUCGAAAAAGCAGCGAUAUCUGCCCACUGGAAAAACAUGGAUGGGUCACUGCAAAACACUUACAUUAGAUGCCUAUAAAGCAGCUGUAAAAACGUCAAUGACUCGCUAAAAUCACAACCGUUUUGUUGUUGUUGGUCUCGAACAGUGGUCUGCAGCUCACCUAGGCGACACACCAGCCACCCUCCUGCCCUCCCCCUGAUGACAAAGUACGCUCAUCUACUAGAAACGUCGAUAUAACACAGGUGAAACAUGCAAAUGUAACAUGUCUUCUGGUGACUUGGCUGCAAAAAAGAAGAAUAUAACUGCCAAUAUGAAUUUCUUGAGGUGUUUUAUGCAAUAUGGUGCAGUGGAUUUACCUUCAUGUAUUAUCUAACCAACAGAGCAUUCACCACUGUGGCUCCCAGCACUCUACGUGACUGUGGGACCUGUAACAAUGUGCCUUACUGUAAACUGUAGCCAGAUGUAAGCUGUUGCAAACUUGUCUUAACUUUUUUUCACCUCAGUGUGCUUUAGUUUUGUUGUUGUAUAAACUUUGUGACUUUUACUGAAACAUCUGAACAUGCAAACGUUGUUUUAAAAACCUAUUUUUACUGCUACACCUCUGAGAGAUGUUACUUUGAAGCUGUUACCUCAAAGAAGCACCUGACAUUUUGUCCACUUAUAGUUCUGUUAAAGUUACACGAGGUGCAUGAUGCUCAGUGUGAAGUCGAAAGCACAGUUUAUAUAAAUGUUGUCUCUCUUGACUGCAAUUUCUUCUCUGCAUGUGACUUUUUUAAUCUCAACUAAUGCUCUUUUAUUCAUCUAAACCUUGGCUCUUUAGAGAUCGGUACUGUAAUCAUUGUGACUUUAUUUCUACCUACUUUAAAGAAGUGGAAAUGUUUUACUUUUGCACUGAAAACAGGAGAAGAAAUUGCAAAAACCAAGUUACUUGUACAGUUAUGUAAAUACCAUGAUACAGAUGAUAGAUUUUGGGGUAUGGGACACUGUUAGUUAUAUAUAUUUUUACCUCCCGAGGAAUUUAAUCUGUAAAAUGUGCCUUUCUAUAAUCUUUUGUACAUAUUUGUAAAUAUUGACUGUACUGUAUAAAUUCUUUAAUAAACCAAAAACUGCCUUCUGAGAA